CUGCAAGCGGGACCCUGGGAGAGUCAGGGCACCGGUUUACCAAGAGGAAAAGACUACAUUUCCCGACAGCCCACGGGACGAGCAAACCGUGGAGGAAGAAGAGCUGGGAGCGAUAGUAGUGACUGGCGUGGAGUUCAGUGGGUUUAACGGGAGGAGAGGAAAGCGACCGUGAGGAGAUUAAUGGCGGUUGAUAAAGACCUGCUGGCGCUGGAUUUGUACGCGUUGUUGGGAGUUGCUGAGAAGGCGGCGGAUAAAGAGAUUAAGAAAGCCUACAGACAGAAGGCACUUACUUGCCAUCCAGAUAAAAAUCCAGAUAAUCCCGAAGCAGCCGAGCUCUUUCAUCAGUUGUCUCAGGCACUGGCACUUCUAACAGAUGCCGCAGCAAGGGCAGCGUAUGAUAAGAUGAGAAAAGCCAAGAAACGGGCAGCAGAAAGGACUCAAAAAUUUGAUGAAAGGAGGAAAAAAGUUAAGCUUGACCUUGAAGCCAGGGAAAGACAAGCCCAGAUCCAAGUGAGCAAGGAAGAGGAGACCCGAAUAACCAGAGCAUUAGAAGAAGAGAUCCUGCAGCUACGCGAAGAGGGAUCCCGCCAGCUGGAGGAGCAGCAAAAACUCAUCCAGGAGCAAAUUCGAGUUGAGAGAGAGCAGCGACUACAAAGCAAACGAGAUGGGUGUGGAGAGGAAGGCAAAGGAGCCCCCAGGCUCAAACUGCGAUGGAAGUGCAAGAAAGAUGAGACGCAAGGAAGCUACUCCGAAGAAGUUCUCCUGCAAAUCUUACAGAAGUACGGUGAGGUUCUGAAUGUAGUGAUUUCAGGCAAGAAGACCGGGACUGCAAUUGUGGAAUUUGCCACAGUGAAAGCUGCUGAGAUGGCACUAAAGAAUGAAGUUGGCCUGAUAAACAAUCCUCUGAAGAUCUCCUGGCUAGAGGGCCAGUUGAAAAACAGCACAGUGUUUUCUGAUGGGACCAUCCAGCCACCAAUAGCCCUGGAUUCUGUAAUUUCUGAGCGAGAUUAUGAAAGUCUUGUGAUGAUGCAGAUGCGCCAAGCCGCUGAGAGACAGAAACUGAUUGAGCAGAUGAAACAAGAAGAUGAGGAGUCUUGCACAUAAUAUACGGAAGAAAAUAAUUCUUUCACUUCCGCUGAAUAAUAAAUACCCUUUUAAAUAAAAAUUUAAAAAACACAAA